GCCUUAGCAGCCAGCAGAGAGAAGUGGCCAGAGAGGCCCAGGGGACAGCCAGGGACAGGCAGACAUGCAGCCAGGGCCCCAGGGCCUGGACAGGGCCCUCCAGGCCCCGUGACGGGAGGACCCCGAGCCCCUGGCCCGGGGAGGGGGCCAUGGUGCUGCCUGCCCGACAUGUCAGCCGAAGUGCGGCUGAGGCGGCUUCAGCAGCUGGUGCUGGACCCCAGCUUCCUGGGGCUGGAGCCCCUGCUCGACCUUCUCCUGGGCGUCCACCAGGAGCUGGGCGCGUCCGACCUGGCCCAGGACAAGUAUGUGGCCGACUUCUUGGAGUGGGUGGAGCCCAUCGCGGAGAGGCUUAAGGAGGCCCGACUGCAGAGGGAUGACUUCGAGAUUCUGAAGGUGAUCGGACGCGGGGCGUUCAGCGAGGUGGCGGUGGUGAAGAUGAAGCAGACGGGCCAGGUGUACGCCAUGAAGAUCAUGAAUAAGUGGGACAUGCUGAAGAGAGGCGAGGUGUCGUGCUUCCGCGAAGAGAGGGAUGUGUUGGUGAACGGGGACCAGCGCUGGAUCACGCAGCUGCACUUCGCCUUCCAGGACGAGAACUACCUGUACCUGGUCAUGGAGUACUACGUGGGCGGGGACCUGCUAACGCUGCUGAGCAAGUUUGGGGAGCGGAUCCCGGCCGAGAUGGCGCGCUUCUACCUGGCCGAGAUUGUCAUGGCCAUAGACUCGGUGCACCGGCUGGGCUACGUGCACAGGGACAUCAAACCGGACAACAUCCUGCUGGACCGCUGCGGCCACAUCCGCUUGGCCGACUUUGGCUCCUGCCUCAAGUUGCGGGCGGAUGGAACGGUGCGGUCACUGGUGGCUGUGGGCACCCCGGACUACUUGUCUCCCGAGAUCCUGCAGGCCGUGGGCGGUGGGCCCGGGACUGGCAGCUACGGGCCCGAGUGUGACUGGUGGGCGCUGGGCGUGCUCGCCUAUGAAAUGUUCUAUGGGCAGACGCCCUUCUACGCCGACUCCACGGCUGAGACCUACGGCAAGAUCGUGCACUACAAGGAGCACCUGUCUCUACCGCUGGCAGACGCAGGAGUCCCCGACGAGGUUCGCGAUCUCAUCCAGCAGCUGCUGUGUCCCCCCGAGACGCGCCUGGGCCGGAAUGGAGCAGGCGAUUUCCAGAAGCAUCCUUUCUUCUUUGGCCUUGACUGGGACAGCCUCCGAGACAGCGCGCCCCCCUUUACGCCGGAUUUCGAGGGUGCCACAGACACAUGCAACUUCGAUGUGGUGGAAGACGGGCUCACUGCCAUGGUGAGCGGGGGCGGGGAGACGCUGUCGGAUAUGCAGGAAGGCACGCCACUGGGGGUCCACCUGCCUUUCGUGGGCUACUCCUCCUAUUCCUGCAUGGCCCUUGGGGAUGAUGAGAUCCCGGGCUCCACGCCCAUGGAACUGGAGGCCGAGGCGCUGCCUGAGCCAUUGCAAGAGCCCAGCCUGGAACCCACGGUGCCCCCACCAGAGGAAGCGGCUGAAGCGGCAGUUCCGGAGGCCAUUCCGGAGGCGGUGGCAGAGGCCCAGGUGACGCUGCGGGAACUCCAGGAGGCCCUGGAGGAGGAGGUGCUCACCCGACAGAGCCUGAGCCAGGAGCUGGAGGCCAUCCGAACGGCCAACCAGAACUUCGCCAGCCAACUCCGCGAGGCCGAGGCCCGUAACCGAGACCUGGAGGCGCACGUCCGGCAGCUGCAGGAGCGGAUGGAGUUGCUUCAGGCCGGGGGAGCCGCAGCUGUCACGGGGGUCCCCAGUCCCCGGGCCACGGAUCCACCUUCCCAUCUAGAUGGCCCCCCGGCCGUGGCUCUGGGCCAGUGCCCGCUGGUGGGGCCAGGCCCCAUGCACCGCCGCCACCUGCUGCUCCCUGCCAGGGUCCCUAGGCCUGGCCUAUCGGAGGCGCGUUCCUUGCUCCUGUUCGCCUCUGCUCUGGCUGGUGCCGCCGCCCUGGGCUGCAUUGGGUUGGUGGCCUGCGCCGGCUAUCUUGCCACAGUCUGACCCCGCCCGGGAGCCGCCUUCGCCGCCUGAACCCUAGAACCCGAGCCUGUCCUCCACUUGGGCUCCGCUGGAGGGUUUGGUGACCCAGGCACGGCCCAGAAGCCACUCCCACCGCCCCCCAGUUCACAGCACUCCGAGCGUGGGUUUCCGCCCCAGCUCCAGCCCUGUGAUCCGGGCCCGCCCCCUGGCGGCCGGGGAGGGAGGAGCCGGGGCCGCGGCUCCAGGGAGGCUUGUAGCCGGGAAUGCUGCUGCUGCUGCU